CACUUUUUAGUCUUUUCCUUAUAUUAAUAAUAAUAUCGACUAUUAUCGAGUUUAUUACCUACUUAUUUUCCAUUGUUAAGUGUCGUGUUGGUGUUUUUCUUUUAAAUGAUAAACUUUCCCUCUUUGCUUAUUGGACAUUAAACAUAAUAAUAUUAUACUUCAAUUUAAAUUUAACAAUAAAUUAUUAUUUAUGAACGAUUGAAACUAUUUUACGUAGUACUUAACUAAUGUGGAUUGUUUCACAUGAUCAUAUUAUUAUUUAUGUAGUCUAAUAUGUUCAUUCGUACAUAGAUGUUUUAUAAUGUCUUGUGUUAGUGGACUACCAAAAAAUUACAAUGGCCAAAACACUGCAAUCAGCCAGAAACAAAAUGUGGUAAUACCACCUAAGUAUCAACCACCUCCAAGUCCUAAUCGUCAAUAUAAUGUACAACUAAGCAAUUAUCCGCAAACUAAUAUUGACAGGAGGCAACAAGGUGAAAAGUCAUAUGUUAAUACUGCCGAAAAUCAUAGAUAUAGAACUUUGCCAGGAGAGCAACCAUCGGAUAUGCUGAAGUUUGUACGAAAAAUAGAUUCGGACAAUUCAAACAAAAUAUCUCCAGAUCAGGUGGGACAGUUGAUGUCAGAAAUCAAUAGCUUAAAGGAAGUAAAUCAAAGACUGAAUGAUGAAAAUCAAGAAUUACGAGAUUUAUGUUGUUUUUUGGAUGAUGAUAGACAAAAAGGACGAAAACUAGCUAGAGAAUGGCAGAGAUUUGGAAGAUACACGGCUUCUGUUAUGAGACAAGAAGUAGCCGCAUAUCAAGUGAAAUUAAGACAUCUAGAAGCUAAACAACAGCAUCUCAUUGAAGACAACAUUGAACUUAAGGAAUUAUGUUUAUACUUGGAUGAAGAAAGAAGUGGUCCAAACAGGUUGAGGGAUAACUCUGUAUGUAGAGUUUGUGGAAAUUCUACAGGUUCUGGAAAUAUACCUGAAGAAUUACAUAGAAGAGAUGAAGGUGAUGGAAGUAGUUCUUCAACAAAUGCUGAUGAAAAUAUGAUAAAUGGUAAUCAGAGUCAAGUUUCAUAUCCUAGACAGUUACAUCAGUCAAAUGAUCAAAAUUUACCACCAGAUCAGAGAUCAUUGAAUUAUAUCAGACAACUUGAAGCCAAAGUUAAAGAAUUAGAAGAAGAAAAAACUAAACUAUCCAAAAAAAUGAUCCAAGAAGAAAAAAUUGAUCAAAAAAUUAAUAACUGGAAUACUGAUGGUUCUUUUCCUAAAAUGACACAUCCUGAAUCAGUAUUGACUGCACUUCAAGUAUUGGAGUUACGCGAACAAUUAGAAGGCAAAGGGGAUGACAAUUGUAGUGGUGUAGACAUGGAAGAUGAGGAAAAAGCAUUACUUAGAGAAAUGUGCAAUGUGGUAUGGCGAAAAUUGGAAGAUGCUUAAUAAUAUGCAAGACAUUAUGACAGUGGAUUAAUAUUUUGGAUUCAUAAUAAGUUAUAACUAUGAUCAAAAAUCAUUUAAUUGUGAUCAUGCUUUUAUAUUUUUUAAAAAUGUUUUAUAUUUAAUACAUGUACUGUCGAGAAUUUAAAAAUAGUAUUUUGAAAGAAAAAACUUAAAUAUCAAUGCUAUCUUAUAUUUAAAUCUUAAAAAAGUAGCUUUUAUUAUAGAAUUUAUAACUUAUAGUACUUUAAUCCACACAUUUCACAUUAUGUACAUAUUUUAAAGUUAAAACUUAAAAUUCAUUCUAAAUCAAGUGUAAAUUAGUGAAAUUUAAACUAAUAUUAUUAUAAUUUUUUUUUUUUUUUAACCAAGCAAAAAUGAUUUAUAAUAAUAAAUUAUAAGUAACCAUUUAAUUUUCUUAAAAAACAAAAAAAUCAAAUUUAAAAGAUAAUUUUACAAUAUCUACUCUUAUAAUUAAUUUUAUCAUAUUUAAAAGCUGAAUGGUUGAUUGCUAAUUGUGAUAUACACAUUCCUUUAUUCAAAUUACUGACUAAUACUUUACAACACUACCAAUAAUCAGUCAUUUUAAAAAAAAGUCUUUAACAAAUUAUAUUGUAUUUAGAAUAAUUAGUUUUUAUAUAACAGUUUUAAUAAUUCAUCAGUUAUUAAAUCUAAUAAAAUGUUGAUAAAAUUACUUAUUUAUCGGAGACAUUAUAAAUCUGGUAAUUUAAAGUAAAUAUGACGUAUACAUUAUAAGCAGAUAAAAAUAUAUUAUAGUAUAAGAAAAAAAUAUAUAUUAUAUUCAAUUUUGAAAGGUAAUAUUAAUUUAUUUUAUGUAAUUUCAAGCAUAGUAUCAAUUAAAUAUUUGCAAUAAUAAUAGAACACAAUCAACACAAUAUUAAUAGUCCACAUUUCAUGUUAAUCGAAUAUUUUAAAUAAAAUUUCAAAAAGUGAUUCUUUUUUUGUAUUUUCAAAGUAAUAUUUAAAAUAUUAAAAAUAAUCAAAAUAAUAAGUUAAAUUUUAAAAGUACAAAUAUUAAGUAUAAGUUUAUAUUAUAUCUACAUCUAUUGCCAUUAUUGGAUUGAGAAAAUAAUAGAAAAGAUUUUUAACUUUUUAAUUGAAAAAAUUUAUACUUAAUUAUACAUUUUAGCUAAAUUUUAAAAAUGAUUUAUGAUCCUAUUAAUUUUACUUGUUUAAAUACAAUAACUAUAAAUCUUUUAUUUUCAGUUUUUAUUAUUUUAAUUUUUAAUACUAGUUAAGAUGCUUUGUAAAUGUAUUGUAUUUAAGUUUUUUAUUUUUAAAUUUCAUGUUGUUUAUUUUUUAAUUUAUUUUAUAUAUUUAUUAUAAUUUAAUAUUUAUUAACAAAAUAUUUUACUAUUAUGUUGUUUCUUGCCAUUUACAGUAUUUAAAACGUAUAUACCUACAUAAUUUGUUAUGAUUAAUACAAAAUAUUUAAUUUUAUGUCAACUAAAUUUUAAAAAUACACUAUGAAAACAUAUAACCUAUAAUAUUAUAUGAUUUAUUUGAUAAAAUUACAUUUGUAUUUAUAACUAUUUUUUAAUUUCAGUUUUCUUUUUACCUUUAUCAUAGGAUUGUGUAAGGUGUUUAAGAUGCAAUUUCCCAUUAUGAAGUUCCCUUAAGAUGAUGUGGUCUCUUCAACAAGUCACCCAUCAUAUCCCCCAGUGAAUUUUAUUUACAAUUAAAAUAAUUGUAUUUUAAUAAUUUGUGGGAAAGUAUUAUUUUUAUGCAUUCUAAUUCUACUUUAAAAAUAUUGGUAUGUAUUUUCUGUUAGUGUCUAAAGAAUUUAAUUACUAAUACAAAAUAAUAUAUUCUUGAUUAAAUUGUACUUGCUAAUUUUAUUUUAUUUUUUUUUUAAUGCAAUGGUGUUUUAAAUUCUUAACAUUUGGUUUAUAUAUUUUACAAGUUGAAGAAUUGAUAAUACUUUUUAAAUAUAAAAAUUAUUUUUUGGUUGUA